AACAGCAGUUAUUUCUCUAGCCACGCCUGCCUGAAUCAUUUUUUCUUAAAAAAGAUUAAAAAAAUGGGGAGAUUAUACAUAGAGACGGUGCAGAAUAGCGGCGGAGAAGGAGGAGGAGAAGGAAGAGUAAGGAAGAUCUUCAAGUGUAAGUGGUGUAAAGUUGAAUUCGCUUCUUAUUACGAUAUCCUCUCCAAAGAUUUUCAAGGCCGCUUUGGCCGUGCUUAUCUCUUCAGAAACGUGGUGAAUAUUUCGCUCGGACCCAGCGAAGAGCGAUUGCUAGUGAGUGGAUGGCAUACCGUUUGUGAUAUUUAUUGUACUUCUUGCCAGCAAAUUUUAGGUUGGAAAUAUGAGAAAGCUUAUGAAGAGAGCCAGAAGUACAAGGAAGGGAUGUACAUUUUGGAAAAGGAACGGAUGUUGAAGGAGGGCUGGUGAUGUUUUGAAAAGUAAGCAUAGAGUUAUUGGUAAGCAUUAGUAAGAAAUAGGAUUUGUAAGAGGGGCAUUUAACUGCUGCAUCUUUGAGUAAUUUCUUGGAUUUUUGAACAACUCGAUACUAGAACAUGUAAUUUGAACUCCGAAUUAUCUAUCAAUGAACACUCUUAUUGUGUUUGUAUCA